AUGAUAGUAAGUGCUGUUGAUCAAGAGGAAAGCGUUACACAUAUGCUCGAAAUCAACAAGCAAAUUCUCGAGUGUAAAAUGAAUGGUCAACGUGUAUGUCGGCAUUCGAUACCAAUCCUAUUCAUUGUCAACAAAAUUGAUCUUCCUCAAACACGAUGGCAAAUUGAUUUCGAUGAGGUAUGCGCUCUACUCAGCUCUGCCACAGAUUCGUCGAACAAUGUUUGUCAGUGUUCCGCGUCAACGCCGACCAAUAUCGAUAAGGUUUUUGGUCGGAUUUUCACAAUGGCAAAACUACCGAAAUUCAUGAAUCCUGAACUGCACAGAAAUCUUCGUAACGAACUAUCUACAGAUGGCAUAAUCGAAGAAAAUAAGAAGAAAAAAAUUCUUCAGCGCAUGAGGAGUCGUUUUUCGAAGGAGGAAAAUGAAAUAUACAUUGAUGUUAACGCUCGACGACCUAGCUUACGUACCGAUCUUCUGAUGAAUCGUGCCAAAACGGCUGCUGUUCAAACGAGACGUGUCUCUUCAUUUGACGACAAAAAAUGCAUUAUAUCGUGA